UGUCUCGAGGGCUCGUGUGGGCCUUCUGUAGUGGCGGGAGAGGAGGGAGGACUCCUCUCUGGUAUUUUAACCUGUAAAGUUGAUGGCCUUCGAGAAACUUCAGUCUCUCAUUUUCAGGGUCUCUUCGCUGUUUAAUUGAAAACGAUGCAGACAGGAGUAAAUUUACCUGUAAGUAAAGCAAGAUUUCAAGAUGGAAAGUCCAUCAAACUCGGCUUUGAUGUUACCUAGCACUCCACAAGCUGGUGCCAAUCCACCAUCUCACCAUUCAAGUAGUUCAAGAAAACAACCUAUGAGUGCAACCCUUAGAGAACGAUUAAGGAAAACCAGAUCUUCAUUUAAUUCCUGUUACAGUGUGGUAAAACGAGUUAAAGUAGAGAGUGAAGAAAAUGAUCAGACUUUUUCAGAGAAAUCAGCACCUUCAACAGAAGAAAGCUGUUUGGAAUUUCACGAAAGGUUUAAACAUACAGAUAGUGAAUUUGAAGAAAGUACAUAUUUAAAAGAUACCUUCAAAAAUAUCAAUGUUUGUGAAUCUAAAUCACUUGAUACUGAGUCAUGCAGUGAUCUCCAAAAUGACUUUAUGAAUGAGAAUCUUGCCAAACAUGAACUAAACAAAGAAAAAGCAAAAUUGAUGAAGCAGAUUCAAGAGAAAGAAGACCUUCUUCGGAGGCUGAAGCUAGUCAAAAUGUAUAGAUCAAAGAAUGACCUGUCUCAGUUACAGUUGUUAAUAGAGAAGUGGAGAAGCUGUAGCCAGCAGUUGCUUUAUGAGUUGCAGUCAGCUAUGUCUGAGGAGAACAAGAAACUAAGCCUUACUCAGCUGAUAGAUCAUUAUGGGUUAGAUGAUAAAUUGCUACACUAUAACAGAAAUGAAGAAGAAUUUAUAGGUGUUUAAUUCAUAAUUUUUUUCUCCAGAAUAUCUUUGUGAAUGACAACUUAAUUAAAAGAUAUUUAUACAUUUUAAAGGGAAGAUAUAAACCAUUAGGGCUUGAAGAAAGGUAUCCUGGUGAACCUGGAUCAAUUUAGAGCCUCUGUUAUAUAAAUAUAAACAAGGUUCAAAAAUGAAAAUUUAGUGUUUUGAAUAAAUUUCCCAAAGAAAACUUACCAGUUAAAGGUGAAAAAAAAAUUUUUUUUAAGUAAAUCAUGUUAAGAUAAUUUUGAGAAUUGUGGAAGUGAGUUUUAAUACAUUGUUUUAUUUAUUGUGGGAAAACAUUUUAUUUUAAAUGUUCACUAGUCCAUCUAGUCAAUGUCUAAACGUCAACUUGUCUAAAAAUGCUUGCCUCCCCUAAGUUUAUGCCUCUGCCUUGUUUUCACACAUUUACCACAUGUUUAUCUGGAUGGUAUAACAGGUGUUUAAACUUAUGUUCCUAAUUAUAUUAGUUUCUGUCUCUUCAAAUUUGUUACUUGCAUUCCUUAUCUCAUUUAGUGAAAUGAUCAUCUAUUUUUUAUAAAACCACAUUUGCUGAUUUCUCACUUCAAGGCAUGGCAUACGGCGUCUUUUACAUUCAUCUGCCUUUCCAAUCAUAUCUGUGAAAAAGGUUAAAGUUAGCAUAUUUAUUCCAUUAAUAGGCUUUCCUGGUGGCUCAGCUGGUAAAGAAUCUGCCUGCAAUGCUGGAGACCUGGGUUCCAUUCCUGGGUUGGGAAGAUCCCCUGGAGAAGGGAAUGGCUACCUACUCCAGUAUUCUGGCCUAGAGAAUUUCAGGGACUGUAUAGUCCAUGGGGUCGCAAAGAGUCAGGCACUGAGUGACUUUCAGUCCAUUAACAGUGACUCAGCCAGAAACCCACCUUCACUGGGGGUGGUACCUAAUCUGUUAUCCUGGCCAUAGAUAGACAUAUGACCCUGACCCAAUCUGUCCCAGUCCUUGAGAAUUUGGAACUAAACUCAAGAAAAGAAAGCCCGUCUCUUUUUGUGACCAGAGCGGUUGUAUGUGAACUUGGAAGCAGAAAAGCUUGUGUGUUUAAGUGUGCCCUUACAGAGAAAGGCAGAGAGAGAACUUUGUGAGUCAGUGGUUUCUUGGUUCUGGGUUCCAGUCUUCCUGAGGAUUUUCUGGGAUUUCUGUUCUUGGGUCGUUUUAAGGGCUAACACAGCUUUGCUUGGGUUUUUUUGUUUUAGUUUCCCCCCGCCAUAAAAAAAAAAAAAAAAAAAAUCUUAAAAAGUACUUCCCUACUACUUGGUAAAUAGCUAUUACCCUAAGCUUACCCCUUCACUCCCAAGUGCUCCGUUUUUUUCAGUCCAGGCCUUCCCCAUGAGCCAAUAAACUUAAUGUUGGCAUAUCAGGACUCUGCUCUUGUAUGCAUCCUACUGUUAGUGCCCAUGUGCCAGUAACUUGCCCUUCUCACCCCACCCCAAUUCUAUCUUCUAGACAUUUCCAUUGUCACUGGCUUCUGUGAAUCCAAGAGGACUGGCCCAGUCCUCACAUGGGCCUUCCCUGGCUCUAGUAUUCCCAGAUGGGCACCCCUGGGAAGCUAUGUUGACCAGCCUCCACUGCUUCUUACUGCUCAGCCUGAGGUCCUAAAUGGGACUGGGGAAGUGGCUUCCCUGGUGAUGGUGCUGGCAUUUGACUGCAGCUGCCCCACUGCUGAUUGGCACAUCUGGAGUCACCCUCAGAUGUCCACUUGGAAGAAGUACAGCAUCAGUGAGACUCUGGCUUGGGA